UGGACGAACCUGCUCUCAGACUCUUCAGUCCAGUCUUCGUUUUCUGACCUGACACCUUCCACUUUUCGUUCUUCAAGACUUGAGUAUUCGUCUAAGUGUUUUUCGACGGUGCUUGCAUCACUAAAAAGAAUGCAUAUCCCGUACUUCAACAUGUUCUGGCUUAACGUUGCUCUCUGGACAAUCAUUCUCCUGUUUUAUGUAGCUUAUUCUACAGCUUGGGUCGUCGAUCAAUGCAUCAUCUGCUGUAGAAGGAAGAAGAAGCAUAAGAAUUGUUCGAAUUCUAUAGAAAUGUUAAGUGUCCACGAUUCUCUCGCGGACGACCGUCCUCAGACCGAAGGAGAGGUUUGUCCACGUCACUCGACAAGCUGCUCUACCCUCAAUGGACGUCAAGGCCUUCCUCAAGACGGGCAUACUCUGCGUCUUCAACAGACUGAAGAAGUAAGUGACGCUUCGUCAGUUUCUAGAUGAUGAGACUACAAUUCUAGAAAUCUGAGAAUGAGAAAACGAGACUUCCGGUAGCAGAAUCGCCAACAGAUUUUAAACUGAAAGAGCAUUUGGAAAACUAGACUGGGAACUGUACGAUAUGAUGGUAAUUGAUGUGGCAGUUUACUGUUGACUGGACGAAGAGUGGAGGUAUUGCAAGAUUAUAGGCCCUUACUAUGGUUUAACUAGAAACAGUCAAUUGCUGAUGCUGUGAUUAUUAUCCGGGAAAACUAAAGCCCAGGAAGGUAUCUUUCGAACUUCCGUCAGCGUUGCCUUCCUGAAGUUCGUUUAUGGUCACUGAUUCAGAGUUAAGCAGAAAAUUUGAAUAGUGAGAAUGGUGGCUCCAUAAGUGAACUGAAAUUAAAGAGAAAACGUGAAUAGCGAGUCCCCCUAAUUUUAAUGUUAAUUCAGGGACGGUAAGAGUUAUGCCAUAGUCCAUGGAAGUUGUGUUGGCUCCCAGUCACAGGUUACUCUGCUUCAGUUCAAGUCCAUUUGUCUACUUGUAUAUCCAUCAUUAAGGGCAAUACUGCUAGAGAGUAUACGUAGUACGUGACUACAUGAAACAACAUAUAAUAAUUGUUAAAGCUAAUCUGUAUCCGUCUAUAGGACAUUUCUUUAUGUA